AUGUAUGCUGGAAGAACUAGCUUACUGAAGAUACCAAGUACUAAGGACGAACAAACAAAACGCACCCUCUGCAAAUUAGUAUUACAAGUUGUUUUAUCUUAUAUAUUUACAGAGGAAAGAAACAAAACAGAUUUCGGUCGCUUUACACUCCGGUUGUGUCCAGCGAUAAUUCAUCCUUACUGA